CUGGUCUUCGCAAUGUUCCAUCAGGCUCUCCGUAACUAUGAUGAGGACAAGGAACAUAUGUCCGUCUUUCUUAAAACGUUCAACAAAAUAGACGAUGCAGGGAACAAACAUUUCGUCUACUGCCAGCAACUGACUAACAUAGCUAAUCGGGAGCAAAAUGUUUUGUACAUAUCUUUGGACGAUUUGUCAGAAUUUUCCUCUGAACUAUCGACUGCUGUUGAAGGAAAUGCUGUACGAUAUCAGCGGCUUUUUGCGGAAGUUGUUGAUAAGCUUUUGCCGGAUUUCCGUACAGUGGAGCUUGUUCCCCAUGAUGUUUUGGAUAUUUUCAUUGAUCACAGAAUUCGAAUGGAACAAAGAAUACGCGCCGAAGACAUGGGCACAGCACCCAGACCACUUGGCACACAGAACGCCACCCAGCAGAAUAUCGACAUGGACGAAGUGCGUUCUCGGUUCCCACCAGAGUUGCUCCGGCGAUUUGAGGUUUUCUUUACCGGGAGGCGUGAUGAAAAACCCCUCAGUGUUCGGAGUGUUCUGUCCUCAAGUAUUGGGAAUCUUAUUCAAGUCCGCGGUGUUGUAACUCGGGCAACCGAAGUGAAGCCACUUAUUUCAAUUGCUACUUACACCUGCAAUCGUUGUGGAGCAGAGACAUACCAGGAAAUAACGAACCCUACGUUUAUGCCGUUAACUCUCUGUGGUACAGCUGCCUGCAGAAAUGCGGGGCCCGGUGGAGGAGGGCGGCUUCACCUUCAGACGCGUGGCUCAAAGUUUUUGAAGUUUCAGGAAAUCCGCAUUCAGGAGCUUUCUGAUCAAGUCCCUGUGGGGCAUAUUCCCAGAGGGCUUACAAUUUAUCUACGAGGAGAAAACACCCGGUCCGCCCAACCUGGCGACCACGUUCUCAUAACCGGUGUGUUCUUGCCGAGUAUGCGCGGUGCUGGAUUCUCUGCUGGUGGUCAAGGCGGUAAAACAACAAGUGCUUUGUUUAGUUCUGGCGGUGGGCUGUUGGCCGAAACGUAUUUGGAGGCACAUUCCAUUCAGUUACUGAGCAAAACGGACGAGGUUACCGACACUGGAGAGCCUACAGAAGACGAAGUGGAGCGUUUGCGUGACCCUGAGAUGUAUUCUUUGAUGGCCCAGUCGUUGGCACCCGAGAUUUACGGUCAUGAAGAUGUCAAGAAAGCACUUCUUUUGCUACUUGUUGGUGGCGUGGAACUUGCUCCGAAAGCUGGUCUGCGAAUCCGUGGUAACCUGAACAUCUGUCUGAUGGGCGAUCCCGGUGUCGCCAAGUCACAACUUCUCGGCUUUGUAGAUCGCCUGAGCACCCGUUCGCAGUACACAACGGGUAGAGGGAGCUCUGGUGUCGGUCUCACUGCAUCUGUGAUGAAGGAUCCCCUGACAGGUGAGAUGACUCUCGAAGGAGGUGCUCUCAUUUUGGCUGAUGAGGGUGUCUGCUGUAUUGACGAGUUCGACAAAAUGACUGAAUUCGACCGGACUGCUAUUCAUGAAGUUAUGGAACAGCAGACCAUCAGCAUUGCGAAAGCCGGGAUUCUAACUACAUUGAACGCCCGUGUCGCCAUCUUGGCCGCAGCAAAUCCAGCCUAUGGGCGUUAUAACCCCAAUCGAUCGGUUGAACAAAACAUUGACUUGCCUGCCGCUCUUCUGUCCCGUUUCGACUUGCUGUGGCUAAUUCAGGACAAGCCUGAUCGUGAGCACGAUCUACGUCUGGCACAGCACAUUACACAUGUUCACAUUCAUGGAUCAGCCCCAUCAACGACGGAGUCGAAUUCACAGAAUUUACUGUCUCUGUCUCAACUGAGACGCCUUGUGCAGAUUGCUAAAGCCCAACCUCCUCCGACGGUGCCGAGCCAUUUGGCAGAUUAUCUCGUCGGUGCUUAUGUGGAAAUGCGUAAGGAGGCCAGAGUGAACAAGGAUAUGACCUAUACAAGUGCCCGAACUCUGUUGGCGAUCAUGCGACUGUCUACGGCCCGUGCCCGGCUACGCGCAGCCACGGAGGUUGGCAAAUCCGACAUUGACGAAGCAAUGCGCCUAAUGGAAGCGAGCCGAGCGUCUAUCAAUACUUCUGGUUCGGGUGAUAUGGAUCGCGCUGGUCGUCCUCAAACCUACAAAGAUGCCAUCUAUCACAUUAUUCGGGAGUUGACCUCUGCGGAAGAUGGAACUACACGACUUGCCGAUGUGAUGGAGCGUUGUGCCGCGCGUGGCUACACUCCUGCACAGGUCAACGAGGUUGUGGACGCUUACGAAAAUCUCAAUGUCUGGCAGGUCAAUGUUGGUCGUACUCGCCUCACCGUGGUUGCUUAGAUGUCACACUUAGUCGUUAUUUUUGUGUCCAGAGAUUAUUUUUCCACUCGAGAGAUAUCCACGUGCAUUUAUUGUUAUCCCGUAUAUUUUUGUACUCAACGUCAGUAAAACGAUUUUAC